AUGGAAUCAAAACAAGUUGAAAAUAAAAAAGUUGAAGUUAUUGAACCAUUUGAAGAUUUAACAGGUGUAGGUGCACCAUAUAAAAAAGAAUCAAGAUCUCAAUAUUUAGAAAGAAGACAUAAAGAAGAAGAUGAAACUAGAAGUAUUUUUUAUAAAGAAGGUCUUAAAGGUGGUUUAAUUUUUUCUGGUGUUGCCACUACUGGUAUUGCUGCUGCUUGUUUCAAAUCCCAUACUUUUAAAAAAUCAGUAACAUGGAAUAUAAGAGCAUUUUUAGUAUCAUCAGCAUUCAUUGCAGGUUUUUGGAUUUAUGGUGAAACUGCUUCAAUGAAAUUAAUGAAACAAAGAGUAUACGAUGAAAUGGAUCAAUAUUAUAAUCACCCAGAUGAAAAAAAGAAUUAA